UUGUGAUGUCAAUACACGAGUGUUUAUAACCUCAUUUAAACUUCCUAGAAUUGGUAACUCAUUGCUUGGUGCUAUAUCCAUUAUUAUGAGUCCGAAUGAUAUAAUAAUUAAUGAGUAAAAUGGCAUCUAAGAAAGCAGGUGGAAUUACCCCUAAGGAUCAAGAUCAGAAGGAAAAUGAUGGGAGAGGGCAAAUUAAAGUGGUCGAUCGUCCUACCUUUAUUUUGAAAACGAGAGAGGGUGAGAGCAGAGCUGUGUCACCCAGUCAGAAGAAUGGGAGCAGUAAAAAAGAUGGCGAGACGGUGCAAGCAAGUGUCAAAGCUCCAGAGCCCAGAAUAUUAUUGCAUUCUCCCAACGAAAUGACGGGAUGCCUGAAAUUCAUUGACGAAAAUAUGCAACUGUGUGAGAAUGUGCUAGAUUAUUUACACGAUCAACAAGACUUUCUGGUUGUGGGUGUCGCAGGGACCCAAGGCGUUGGCAAAUCAACAAUUUUGUCUUUGCUAACGUCCAAUUAUGGAUCCAACAUCUUCGCAGCCCAAAAACAGUCUCAUCAUGAGAGCGGCUCCAACUGCACGUCUGGAAUUGAUUUUUACGUCACAAGAAAUCGAGUUAUCUAUUUAGACACACAGCCGAUCCUCUCUUGCUCUGUUAUGGACGCAAGUGUAUCUUCUUUCGAGCAGAAAAAAAAUUCCGCCGACUUUGUCAAUACGGAGCAGAACCGGGAACUUCAAUCCCUCCAAUUUAUGGCAUUUUUAUACUCUAUAUGCCAUGUCAUCAUUUUUGUGCAAGAUUGGUUCGUGGAUCCAAAUUUAGUCAGAUUCUUACAAACUGCCGAGAUGCUGAAGCUGCCGUCAACUUCCAAUCUGGUUCAGGAUUAUGUUGAAUAUUAUCCACAUAUUUUAUUUCUGCAAAAUAAAGCAGAAAUACAUGACUUUCUGCCUAGUACAAUUGAAACGAUGAAGAAUUUCUAUAACAAAGUAUUCGCAAGCUCCAGACUUCAGAUUCAUAGUGGACUUGACAUGAGCAUCUCUUCCACGGGAGGACAACUGAAUCUAUUCUUAAUCCCUUCAAUCAAAUCUGAAGAAACUCCAAAAUUCCACGAGAGCUACAACGACCUGAUCGAGAGAUUGAGAAUUAAAAUUCACGGAGUAUCUCGUCAUCCCAUGACCCCAGCAACUUUAACCGAGAAAAACUGGUAUCACUAUGUAUCAAAAGUAAUUGAAGCCUUGAAGAAGAGCCACCUGUCCUCGGAAUACGGUAGACUGAUGCCUUAGCUUUCCUCAUCAAAUCAGAGAGAGAAAAAAAGAAA